CGCGCCCGGAGGUCACCGGCGCCGGCUUUCUGCACGUGCGCGGCGGGCGCAGGGCUUCAUGGGGCGGAGAUGGGGGCUCGCUUGACCCGCGCCUUCAGGAACGUCAACCUGGAGCAGCGAGCGGAGCGGGAGAUCAGCAAGGCGAAGCCGUCCACGGCCCCCAAGCACCCUUCCACGCGUGGCCUCCUGCGCGAGCAGCUGAGUCGGAACCCAGAGAUCGAAGAAGAAGUUUCUAGAAAAGAUAACAAGCUGUUGUCAUUACUGAGAGACGUAUACGUCGAUUCCAAAGAUCCGGUGCCUUCCUUGCCGGUAAAAAAUGUUCAACCACAGCAAGAACCAAAGGAAUUCAGACUGCCGAUAGGACAUCACUUUGAUAAGAAUAUUAUGGAUGUUCCCAAAGGCAAAAUUACUGUUAUAGAAGCAUUGACCCUUCUCAAUAAUCACAAACUUAAGCCAGGAACAUGGACUGCUGAGAAAAUUGCUGAAGAAUACUGUUUAGAACUUAAGGACGUGAAUUCCCUUCUUAAAUAUUUUGUUACUUUUGAAGUCAAAAUCAUCCCUGCUAAAGACAAGAAAGCAAUAUCAGCAAAAUGAAGAAAAUCACAACUAUGUCCUCCCAAACCCAUGUCCUUGUUUUUAGUGUAUUAAAUUAUACAAGUUACUGUGAGUUGAAGAUCCCUACUUUGAGAGCACUUUGAUCUCUUCAGGAUUGUUCAUAUGAUAUUGUGUUUGGGUUGUUUUGUUUUUAAUUUUAUGUAUGUGUAGUUCCUGGGUUUAUGUCAGCAUGGCUAAUCUUAUGUAUAAAUUUAUUACAAAUGAGAGAGAUAAUGUGUCAUUUAGACACAUCAGCUUUUACAUUGAUCAUGUGGUCCAAAUCAUUCAGUAUUAAGUGUCACUUUGCAGUUUAGAAUGGUUUGUUAUUUGUAGGAGACGCUAAAGCAAGAGCCCUCCUGACUCCUGUAAGACUGGCAUGUUGUAGGGAAAGCAUGCUCAACAGUGAGACCCACUGACUAUUUUCCAAGUGAGGAAAGAGGAACCCGAAUACAAAAGUAGAAAAUUAUUGAUUCACUUGUUUAAACUCUGGAACAUGACACAUCUCAGUAAUAGAAUCUCAGUUGAGGUAAUAUGUGAGUUUCUCAUUCUGACAUGUUAUAUACACCUGUGGGUUCUUGGCUAUAUUGUUUGAUCUCUCUGAAAUUGAAUUUCUAUAAAAGUAUAAUGCUGCCUUGUGUAAAUUCCAGGACAACAGUGAAGAUAAAUGAUGAAGGACCAGGCAAAUACAAAUUCUUGUAGUUAAAAUGAGUGUCUAAAGAACUUAUGACUAGAUUAUCUGUAGUAUAUGAUAUGAUACAAAGAGGCCAGAAUUUAGGUUUUCAAAAUCCUACAGUUUUUUUUUUUAAUGAUGCCAAAAAGGAACCCAUUUCAAAAAGACAGAAUGGAAUUGGGAAGUUGGGAUUGUCCAUAUUCUUUCAAGAGGACACAGACAUUAUCCUCAAGAUUCCCUGGAAAUACGGAAGAUGAGAGGAAUUUAGCAAGGUGAUGGAAUAAGGCAGAUAUUGCAGCAAAGACAGGAAAUGAAUGGAAAGCUUGUAAGCUUUUUUUCAGAUAUAGUUUGGGUGAAUAUACUGAAGUUAUUUGUGGUUCAGUGCAGAAGCGUAGAGAAAUAACGCUAAUUCUGAUCAGUACAGAUCCUUUCGUCGAAUACUUGAAUCACUUGUACCACUGGUUUUUGACUCAUUUCCUGUAAAGUUAUGUUAAUGUAGGUAUGGUUUCUAUUAUAUGGUAUUACAAUAAAAUAAUUUUACACUUUA